AACACAGAGUACCUUUAGAAACCUGCCCCUGAAGAUAACUGACGUAAUGAUCUGAACUCGUUUUGGUAGAGUUUCCAGUUGUCUCGAAAGCACCAUAAUCAGUGGUUCGUGGAUAGUUUGCUAACCUGGUAUUUUUUUUCUAAAUUGAGGCGGAUUCUUAUCAUGGCUUCAUUGGGGGAACCUGUCCGAUUGGAAAAAGACAUUUCACGAGCCAUUGAAUUGCUUGACAAGCUCCAGAGUACAGGGGAAGUGCCGCCGCAAAAACUUCAGGCCCUGCAAAGGGUCUUACAGAGCGAGUUCUGUAAUGCUGUACGAGAGGUAUAUGAACACGUGUAUGAGACAGUGGACAUAAACAGUAGCCCUGAAGUCCGAGCCAAUGCCACAGCCAAGGCCACCGUUGCAGCGUUUGCGGCCAGUGAGGGGCACUCACACCCCCGUGUGGUGGAGUUACCUAAGACGGAGGAGGGACUUGGCUUUAACAUAAUGGGAGGGAAGGAACAGAACUCUCCUAUUUACAUCUCGCGCAUCAUUCCUGGGGGAAUUGCCGACCGCCACGGGGGCCUCAAGAGAGGCGACCAGCUUCUUUCUGUCAAUGGGCUGAGUGUGGAGGGAGAACACCAUGAGAAAGCUGUGGAGCUUCUCAAGGCUGCCCAGGGCACUGUGAAGCUGGUGGUCAGGUAUACUCCCAAAGUUCUUGAAGAAAUGGAAUCACGUUUUGAGAAGAUGAGGUCUGCAAAGCGCCGACAACAAACCAGCUAUCCUCAAUAGUGUUUUUUCACCCUAUCACAAACAUGGGUCCUGUCACAACUUUCUCCAAAAUUUUAACACACUUAACCACAUUUUCUUUGUAGCCACAAAUUUCUAACUUUUUUACACCACAGCCCUGUAACUUUGUUUACAGCUGUCCUCUGAAUGACUGACUGCAAAUAAUAAUUGAUCUAAAUAUGCACUUUGUGUGCAUUACACUUUUGGACUGACGCAUUGGAUGCACCCACCCUCGUGGAUCAUUGAUUUGAAGAGAUUUUAUGUAUAGCAUUUAAAGUGCCUCAGGGCAAUAAAAUGACAUUUCUUCCAAUUGUCUCCUGUAAUUUAAAUAACCCUUUUUUAUUUUUGGUACAGAAAUAAGUUCAGAUGAUUUAAGAGAUCUGAUUUACCAAGCAUUUGCAUCCCUGUAGACCUGUGUUUCAUCCCAAUCUCAACCAUUCUCACUUUGUCUAAUUAGUCUGUCUCCCACACUGUUUAAAUUUACAUACAUAUACAGAUUAAUAUGGAAAGUAAACAGACCCUUCCCUUUCUCAUCAUUCUUUUGUGUAAUACACUCAAUGGAUAAUUGUUACACUUUAUUUGGAUAGUCAAGAUUACUAUAUGCUCAACAUAUGUUCAUACUAUCAACAAACUAUCAAAAAUAAAGUAAAUGCUUUCUAAUGUUAGGGUUAGAUCUAGAAUACUGUUUGGGUACGGGUUAGGGAAAGGGUUAUGGAUAGGAUGAGGUCUAAGGGUAGUGUUGGUAGAUAGUCAACUGAAAUAUUAUUGAUAGUCUGUAGACAGUCUGUAAAGAAUCUACAGACUGACUAUCCAAAUACCUAUAAUUGAUUACAUCUUUUAUUUUUUUUAUGUUUCAAUUUCCAUAAUAAACAAAAAUGGCAAUGCAAAAACAUGUUUUUAGC